AUGAGCAACCGGCCGUUGGACAUCGUCGCCCUGCUGUACUCCGCGUCAAUGGCCAUAUCGCGGUUUUCCCAGGACAACCUGCUCUUGCAAAAGGCGUGCAACUCGUCGGUGCCGUUCGGCGAUUGCGCGAUCGGCGAGGCGAACGUCCAGCACGUGGUUUCCAAGAUCAACUCGUGGAAACCAAUCAUCUUUUACGCUACCCCGAUAAUGAUGAUCGUGUUCGCGGGUGAGACCCUAUCGCGGGCCUAUCGAUUUCUCCCGUAUCACCGGACGAUACGUUACCCGAUUCUGAAGGGGGAGGGAGAGAGCCGAAUUUCAAACCGACGGGAAUAACGGGCGUCCGAUUUCUUAGUUAGUAAAUCAUGGGUAACAGUGCAUAUAGUGAAAAUCCUAAGGGGGAGGGGGAUCCAUCGGACCCUUCCCCACCACCGAUAUCCGCCACUGAUUAUGCCGAUAAAACAUCGAUUACACCGCUGACGGAUAGUCUAAAAACGAUCGAUUCCAGUUGUACAUCCUUGACUAUAUUAAAUUUUUAAAAAAAAAUACUAUGUAUCUAAAAUUCUUCUUAUACGUAUAUAGAUUUAUAUAAUUUUUAUUUGGUAGGUACAAUGUGGAUAAAAUUGUUCAACCAAACCGUAAUGCUUGAAAAUUUAACAGGAGGUUCUUUUUACGUUACAUACUUAUUACUUAGUUAUCGAAAAAAAAGCUUGUAGAAUAGUAAUUUUUUUAAAUUCUGAGUGUAGUAAAGAAUGUAUUGGUUUUACAAAGAUGUUUAUUUUUUUUUUCAUGUGAACACUUUUUCUACCAGCAAGUAUAGCACCUUUUCUAAAAGAAAAUUUUAUCUACAUGGCACUUUAGAGUUCAUUUUUCGGUUUUCAUAAUAUUUCGGAAAAUCAGGAAAAUUUACAAAAAUAAUGCAUUUUAGCUUAAAUAAAUAAAACAAUUCAGCUUAAAAUAUUCGUAGUGACUUAAAAUUUGAACAGAAAAUUUAUAUUUGUCUUUUCUCAACGUGGUAAAACUGUUAAAACAUUUGAGCCAUUUUUGAGCUUUUUAUAGACAUUUUAAUUUUGUAAGUAAUUUGUAUUUGUUAGGUAGGUACUCUCUGGAUAAAAUUGUUAGACUAAACAGAAAUGCUUGAAAACUGAACAAGAGAUUCAUUGGAAAUCGUACUUUGCGCUCAAAAUAAAAAAAAAUGAGUUGAAUUUUUUUUCAUAUAAGAAUUUAAGUAUCAAAUUUGACAAACAAUUAAUCUAGUUACUUAUCCAUACAAAUUAUUUCAAUAUAUAUUUAUUUUACUAAAAUAUUGCAUAUAUACAUUAUCAAAAAACUAAUACCAUUACCUCUCCACACAGAAUUGUUUCUCAGUAAUAAUGAUUUAUCUUUGCUUACAGAUAUACGUUAAAUUCCUCUCUAUAUACUCUAUAUACCUUUCCAACUUCUCAUCUACAACAGUGGAUCACCCAUCGUGCAAAGUAUAUUCGUCAAUUUUAUAACUGUUUUAAGAACAAAUUUUGAAGUAAAUCCUAAAUAUUACGGCCUUUUAAAAAAUAUAUAAAUGAACUUGGCUCAAAAUCAUUUUUUGUUCGUAAUGGUUUAUCCUUCCUCACAGAUAAAAAUAAAAUAAAUAAAUUUUUACUAUUUUGAUAUCUACAUUUUUAUUCGUAUUUGUUUUUUCGUUGGCCCGUGUAAACGCGUUGAUAACGAAAACAGUUUGACCCUCGACCGGUAAACGGCUGCCGGUGGUAGGAGGGUACUCAAUCGUAUAAAUACGUACGUGUGAAUGCAGGUGCACGCGAUCGAGUGACGACAAAUGCAAAAAUUUUACUUGAAAGGCUUUUUACUUUAUCGGAAAUGUAGGUAUAUUUAUACGUUAAAAUAUUAUGGCUCACCCGGUCAGUUUUCAAAAAAAAAAAAAUUAUUAUUAUUAUAUUUUUGUGUACUCGUGCUAACGUAAACAUAUUAUGGUUAAUUAGAAAAUCUAUAACCAACAGUGUUCUGGACUGAUUGCAUUAAAACUGUUAAAAGUAUGCAUGCGCAUCAUGCACCAAUAAAUAAUAAUGAAAGUAUGCGCGAACAUAGGCAACUAAAUUUCAUAUAAUAUGUAAUCAAAACAGAAAAAGGAAAGAAAACAGGAUUUAUUACAUUUUUAUAUUUGCUUCAAAUUUACAUUAAAUCGUUUGUGCUUUUUACUAGAAUUAUUAUCACGAAUUUGAUUUGAAUUGCUUUCAUUUUUUUUAUAUAAAUGUAUUUAUAGAUUAUUCACAUCUACAAGGUUUAAGUACGUUUUAUCAGUCGUUUGCAUAUGUAAUUUAUAAUAUUUUAUUAUUUUUCGUAUUUAAUUAUAAACUUAAUACAAUAAUAACGACAAAAUAAAGAAAUAUGCCAAAAAAUAACCAAUUAUAAAUCGCCUAAAAAACAGCUCAAUAUAUGCAACAUAAACGUCUAAUAAUAAAGAUUUUGUAUAAUAUGUCUCGAAACAAAAUGUAUAUCUUGAUUUAAAUGUAACACAGCCUUUAUUUUAAUGAGUAUGAAAAUGCUAAAAGCCCGGAACCCUAUAAAAUCAAAUACGUAUAUGUUAAUCAUUAUAUUAAUAAUAUUGAUAAUCAAGGUUCAAGAGUUUGCUUAUAUUAAGAUGAUGUAUCAGUUUACGAUGAAGUGUAUGUGUUUUUUGUUUGUAUCUUUAAAUAAAUUUUUAACCAGAAAUCUUGUUCCAAUUGAAACCUUAAUAGUAACUUUCUUGUAGAAUUUUUAAUUCAGAUGGUGCAUUAAGAAAGUAGUUUUUUUUACUUUUCUUGUAAUUUUCAUUAAAUGAGGAAGACUAGCAAUUGUUUGUACUAUUUCAAUCGUUUUCUGGAUUAUCUUAGCAACAAGGGGAAAAAUACAACUAAAUGUUUUAAAAAAAAAAUGUUGACUAAAUCAUAUAAAUUACGGUCUUUCAAAAACUUAUUAAGUUUUUUUGAUGAUUAAUUUUAAGUACUACAAGUCCUUAAUAAUGAUUAAUCAUAACAGUAAUUCAUUCUUCGUAGUUAUAAUGUAUAAUAAUAUAUCAUCAUAAAUGUAUUAUAAGUAUCAAUAUAUUCAUAAUAUCGAUAUAUUACGAAUUUUAAACGUACCCAAUCAAUAAUAAUAAGUUUGAAUAAAAUACUAUUCGAAUCAACACACAUCAGCGAUGUUAUUAUAUUAUAAAACCUAGUUCAUCACAGUGAUUUGCGAUCAAUAUAAUUACAAUACGAUUACCUACGGUUGUUCAAUAUUAAUUAUACCUAUGUAAGAUUAGAACAAUAUUAUGAAUUAUGAUAAUAGUAUUAAUAUAGCACCGUGUGAGAUGUGACGAUUCGAAAAAGCAUUUUCUAUCAAGCAUAUAUCCGAAAACUAUACUUUUUUUUUUUUUUCGUACGCUUAACUAUCAUCUUUAUCAUUAUUAUAAUAAUAGAACAUAUACCAUCUCAAUUAAUUUAUAUUUCAGACAAUUAACAUAACGGCUAUACACUCUACAGCCGUUGUUUUAAUACAUUAUAGUACCUACAAUUAAUACUUCAUGUAUAAUUAAUUAUUAUAAAACCACCUUAUUAAAUAAAUUGUUUAUUUGCGUCAACAUUAACGAACAUAAUAUUAUAUUAUAUUGGACAUUGGAGAUCAUUUUCAUUUCGUGUGCUGGCUACUUUAUACACUUAUACACUUAACUUGGCUUAUUUACAGACCUUUCCGGUUGGACCCAAGCGCAUUUACAUAUAAAUACGCAAUUUGUCACGGGUUUUCAUCGACCAGAUUUUAGGAGUAGGUUUACACUUAGGACAUUAACUCCUUUCUCUCUAUAUAAUAUAUACAGUGUAAUCCACUAAUUGUGGAACACCUCAUUUUUUUUGGUUAAAUUUUGCAUAUUAUAUUCAAAUUUUGAUUUUUGGAAUUUUUAAGUGUAUUUUAAAGCCGAUAGUUUUGAAUACUUCGAUUUUUCAUAACAUUCAAGGAAUCUCAUGUGGUAUACCAACUUUGGUUUUUCAAUGAGAACUUAUAUUAAAAAUUCCAUAAAUGAAUGGAGUAGGUAAUACUUUAAAUACAUUAUGGUGUAAAUAUUUUUGAUUUCCGUCAACUCGUUGACCAUUUGCUUUAUCUGAACUAAAUGGUGGUGACUAGGUAGUAGGUUUAAGUACCAACUUAUUGGUCCGGAUAAGUUAUGUUUCGUAAAAUUUUAAAAACUCCUAAAUCUUUUAAAACUAUCUCCAAUAUGAUCUGUAAAUACGCAGCCCGGUGCCAAUUUUCCAAAUUUGGUAACAUUUUGUAAAAUGUUAAUGUUAUUUUUAAAGACUUAAACAGCCACCUUAAUGAUAACUUGUCCAAUAAUUUACUUACUCAAUACCCAUUUAAACAGGGCCUUAUUUAGGAUAUAUUUACCCCUUGGCUAUCCUAUGGUGGUAGCCUUACUACGAUUACAGUGACAUAUUUAAUUCCGAUUGACCUUUUUUUUUUUUUUGUUUAUUAGCUCUUUUAGUGAGAGCUCCAAAACUGCAGCCCAUGGAGCUUACGCUUAAAUACAGCCUUGCAUUUAGAGAAAGGAAUACAGUAUGACCGUAUUUACGAACAAAUAUGACAAUUAUAUAAUAUUAUAUAAUAGGUAAUAAUAUGAUCGUUUUCAAUUGAAUAGUUUUUACCAUUAUUUCAUCUUUAACUCUAACAACACUCUACAGGCUGCGGUAAGCUAAUGCAUUCCUUCAUCGAUCAAUUCUCGAUAAAUAUCUGAAAGUGAAUAAAAUGACCUUCUCUCCCAGAUGUACUCCAUGUUCAUAUUAUAUUAUAUACCCACAUCAAAUAAAUUAAAUUUGUUUUGAAAAUAUUGUAUUGGUCUCUUGUAUUGUACAUUUUUAGAUUUCAAAGUUUUGACACCUUCCAUGUACGUUGUGUCCGUCCAUCCGUCCAUAGUUGCCAAUGCCUAUACAUAAUUACGAUUGUUGAUUUGGUUAUACGGAAAUAUUUAAUUAUUAUUCUUAAUUUAAAUACAAAGUUUAAUUUAUUGUUUAAAAUACGUUUAGAAACUGGGAACUUAAGUUCGCACGUAACUUAACUUAACUCGCUCGUAAUUCAGGCUUCCUAAUUUGUUUGUGUUUUAGCACAAGUGGGAGAUUUAAUGUCUUUUUGGGAGGCUAGAAUAGGCCAAAUAAAUAUUAUUUUAAGACAGGCUUAUUAUAUAAAAUACAAAUUUCAGGGGAAUUUUGAUGACUUUGGGGGCUAAAUCUUUCCAGCCCCAACCACUACCUAUAACUUUCUUACAAUAUUAUAUUAAUAAUUUCGCUACCCCGCGGCGCAGCAGUGGGAUUUAAGUAAGAUACGCCUGUGUAGAAAUGAAAUCCUCGUGUACAUCAUUAUAGCAUAAUAUACUAUUUGGCUUAAAAUAUUAUCGCAGUUUUUAUCGAUCAUUUUAAUAUUAUACUAGUGUAAUAUUUUAUUUUUAUUACAGGUCCUUGGAGUGAUAGUCACGGUAGACGGCGCAGGCCGCUAAUUUUCCUACCAAUCAUUGGCCAAGUGUUGACGGACAUUUUGUGUAUAUUAAACGUUUAUUUUUGGGAAUGGCCGCCCCAAAUCGCCGCGUUGUGUGAAGCUUUAACGCCCGGGUUGUUCGGUGGAUAUAAUAUGUUUUGGGUAGGUAUGUUGUCGUAUAUAUCGGACAAUUGCCCGACCGAAUUACGUACGUUGAGAUACGGAAUUAUAAAUUUCUUAUUCAACAUCAGUCGGCUGAUUGGAACAGGAUUGGCCGGGUUUUUAAACGUGCGUCUGGGAUUUUAUGGUGUGUUUAUCGUUCCCAUUAUAAUAAAUUCAACGGCCGUCAUGAUCGGUUUAGUUUUCGUGAAAGACACUUCUCAGCCGUACGAUAAAAACGUCGUGUGGCUGAAGCCGAAACGUUUUAUCAAAAAUUAUUUCAAUGUAUUUAAAAACAAACGAAGUAAAUAUACCAUCACGGUGAUAUUAUUGCUGUUAUGCCAAUCCGUACUGGUGGGUAGAAUGGCGGGUAAGUUUUAUAGUCUUUUGAUAAUCUACAGGUCGAGAUAUUUAUAAACAACAUAAUAUUAUUUACUCGACAUUAAAAUGUAUUUAUGUAUACAGGUGAAAAUAUAAUUACGUAUCUUUAUAUAAGAUAUACAUUUAAAUGGUUCGAAGUAGAAUACGGCAUUUUUAGUGCUUACAAAUUUGUGAUAAUAUCUUUGGGUAAAUAUAUUAUUUACAUACAUAAAAAUAACUGUUCAUUUUCUUUAUUUAAAAAUUAAAAAACAUCCUUGACGAUUUAUAAAGCAUACGGAGUAGAUAAAUUGCACUUUUUCUUUUUAAAAAAAUUGGCAUUGUAUUACUGCAAUAUGUCUGUAUAAAUAUUUCAAUAAUCAUUUCAAAAUCAAAAUCAGGAAGUUUUUAGUUUUACACAUUUCACAAAAACUAAUCGGAAUGUAAAACUCUUCCUAUGACUUUAAAAAGUUUGUACUCUCAACUUGUUUGACAGUAAAUUAAACAACAGAAGUGGUUUUUAGUAUUUUAGUAAUUUUACAAAUGUUCAAAAUGCUUUUUAAUGUUAAUCAGCCGAUAUGCAUCUAUUUUGAAUUGUAUUUCCUUGGAACAACAAUCAGCGUAAUGAUUUCAAAUUAUUUCUGUUUUAGAUUAAUUUAAUUAACCCUCCAAGCCAAUGUUCUGCCAUCUUUCUUCACCGCUUGCCACUUCUCUUCAUUGUCUAUUCGGAUCCACUACUUUGACGUUCUUUUUACACGGUCUUCCCAUCUGUCUCAAUCCACAUAAAUCAUCACAAAAUUUCUGUUCAAAAUAUCGAUAAUAAAAUGACAAUUUAGCAUUAAAUUUAUAAUAAUAUAGAUUUCAUAUACUAUGUUGUAUUUUAAAACUAUAUUUUUUUUAUUUUUAUACUUCGAUAAUCUGAUUUAAGGUACGUAUUUUGCUGGAACAAUAAUGAGUAUCAAUAUGAAAUUGAACGACGCGGUGAUAGGCAGUAUUGCUUGUGUUUUUGAUAUUUUUGUAGCGUUCGGUUAUGUUUUUAUCAACGAACCUUGGCAAUUAUUAAUCGGUAAAUAUACUCGAAAAUAAUCACCUAUUAUUAUCAUAUUGGAAUAUUUUGUAACUAUAUAAAAUUAUUACAUUUUAGUUGCGUCGGUUGACUUCUUUCACGGGACUGCUCUAUCUAUUUCUACUUCGUUAAUAUCUAAAAUUGUUGAUGUCGAUGAACUUGGUAAGGAUUUAUAAUUUUUAAUUUAUUUGUUUUUUUUUUUUUAAUAUAUUUUAAUUGUAAUACUAUGAUGUGUUUUUUGUUUCUUUUAGGUCGACUUAAUUCUAUUAUUCGUUUAUGUACUGCAUUACUAUCAAUUUUUAUUGUUUCGUUGUACAGUGUAACAUAUAAUUUUACCUUUGAAUACGUCCCUGGCGCCGUAUAUAUGUUAGAUGUCAUUUUAACUUUUCCAUUUUUGACAGUAUUUUUGUGAGUAAUAUUUUUAAUGCUUGAAAACCGAUUGUAAAUAUAUAUAAUCCGACCUAUAUAAAAUAUAUGUUACUUUUUGUUUAGGAUUAUUUACUACAAAUGUAGACACUUAUGGAUAAUUAAUGGCAAAUGAAACUGAUAUACAGUAUUAGGACGAAUAUAUUAAUAUACAACAUUCGGUAAAAAAACAACGAUGAACCAAUAAAUACAGCUGUGAUUAAAAUUGAUUUAAUUAGUAUUAAGUUAUUCUAACAUAACUAAUGAUUUCGUAAUAAUUUUUGUAACUUAUAUUCGAACAUUUUAGUGUAGGUUUACUUCAUUGU